AUGUCUGCGCUGGAGUUCACGGUGUAUCGGAUGCAGCAGUAUGGACUGGAGGGCCGCAGCCACGGGUGUCGGUCGGCGCAGGUCAGUGCUGAGAGCCGGACGCUGGACGCGGAGCUCCUGACUCGCCGUUGUGUUAUCAUGAGAGUCAGUGACUUCUCUAUGGAGAAAUGGACCCGAGCCUUGGCCCAGUCUGCCGCCGCCGUCCUCAUCCUGGUGCCUGCUGAGCUGCCCGCUGGGCUGACAGGACCGGAGCAGCUUUUCCUGGAACGAGAGAUGGAGAUCCUGAGGAACGAGACCCUCCUGCCGGUCUACUUCACGCGAGAGGACCCAGACCUUCUCGAGAUGUAUAAGGAAAGCAGAGUGGUCUCUCUGUCACUGGCCUCAUCAUCGGCCUUGGAAGUCAUGAUCGGCAUGGUGAUGGGAAGCGGUUUUCAGAUGACGACCAGUGAGGUGCAAAGUAAACCCAUCAAAAGCCCCUCCAUGGUCACCCUGGAGGGGCAAUUAUCAGGACGCGGAGAAGAUGCAGAGAACCCGACAGUUGUUGUAGUAGCACAUUAUGACGCCUUUGGGGCUGCUCCGUUUCUGGCAUACGGUGCAGACUCUAACGGCAGUGGAGUUUCUUCGCUCCUGGAGAUGAUUCGUCUUUUUCACUUUCUGUAUAACACCCCAAGGAGUCAGGGCCGGUAUAACAUCCUGUUCUCUCUGACCGGAGGGGGAAAAUUCAAUUACAUGGGCAGCAAGCGCUGGAUCGAGGAGCAUCUGGACCACACUGAAACCAGCAUCCUUCACGAGAAUGUGGCAUUCGUACUGUGUCUGGACACGUUGGCCAAUGGGGACUCACUCCACCUUCACGUCUCUCGACCUCCAGCAGAAGGAACGGCUCAAUGGGAGUUCAUGAAGGAGCUUCAGUCGGUCGUUCUGUCGCCCCCGUUCCUCAGUGUAAAUUUUUCGGUUGUUCACAAGAAGAUUAAUUUGGGAGAGAAUAUCUUGGCCUGGGAACACAAGCAGUUCAGUUUACGGAGACUCCCGGCCUUUACAGUGUCUCACCUGGACAGCCACAAGAAUGGUUUGAAGAAUACCAUUUUAGACACCAGAUCACGUGUAGAUGUAAAGAAGCUUCGGAGAAACACGGAGAUCUUGUGUGAAGCCCUGGCCCGGUUUCUGUACAAGGACACAAUGAAGAAUACUCCGAGAAACGUACGCCUCUUUCAAGGAGAUCUGGGCGUCCAGGAGGAGCGAUUAUCAGCUGUUCUCGACUGGUUGACCUCGCAGCCUCGUGCGGCACAGCUGAUCACGAAAAACCACCCAAUGCUGUCCACCAUGGAGCACCUGUUCAGAAGACACCUGAAGGACGUAAGGCGCCAUAUCUUCAAGCCGGACGACAGGAAUCCGGAGUUUGUAUUCUACGAUCAGAUGAAGCAGACGAUGACAUCACACAGGGUGAAACCUGCUGUGUUUGAUCUGUUUAUGGCUCUGGUCAUUGCCGCUUAUCUGGGGGUCAUUCACCAAGCUGUCCAGAACUUCGCUCCCGUGUACUGCAGGCUUAUCCAGCUAAUCACCAAACAGAAGAAGAAGUGAUGUGAGAAGACGCCAUAUGCACAACGCGGAGCUCGGCCCGGACCUCAGGGACAUGUGUGACCAGUAAUGGCCGAACAUCAGCCCCAAAGAACCAAGGGGCUGAUGACAG